UCAGCUUGGCUGCACAUUCCUAGCACUUACAGGGUGUUCUGUAUUCUGCAUUGUAUUUCUUAUCCUGCCUUGUUGCAUUCUGGGGGGCAGUGUUUGUGAUAGGGUGCCUUAAUCAGCCCCCAGCCCUCUCCAUGACACCUGCAGGCAACGAGACACCCUGAAAACAAGGCACGUUAGCCAUCUGAACGCUAAGAAUGGUCAGGCUGCUACCUCACAGCGAGUGAUGCGUUCGAUACACGCAAACUGGACUAGGGGAGGUGUUGCACUGAGUCAUGCCUGCGUACAGACAUUAAAUGCUCCAAAAUAGCCCAGCCAAGUACUUGUGGAGGAGGAAGGGGCAUCCCCCAAUUUAUAUUUGCACCCUACUGACAUUCAUACGUCGUUUCUCUCUGGAAUUCUUCUAAGACAUCUGUAUUUGGGGGAACAAUUCGUCAGGCAGCAAGACUCAGGAUCUGGGUGAAGUCGCCUGCACUUGGAAACCCAAAGGUGGACAAUAAAUCGGUGGAUCUCCGCUGUUUCCUUUGACAACAGAAAAAGGACAUUGGAUACUUAUCAAGACAACCAAACCAGUAGGACUGUGUCACUAUAGAGAUGGCAUCGUCUUCUCCUCCUUCCUCUAGUGCCAACCAAGACACCAACCCAUCCAAUCUACGACCCACAACCUAUGACACAUGGUGUGGUGUGGCUCAUGGGUGUACGAAAAAGCUUGGACUAAAGAUUUGCGCCAAUACCAACAGCCGUGAUGUCUGUAAGAAUAAAGGAGGAUUCUGGGGGAUGCAAGCAUUUACUGCAGGAGGACUGGGCUUCCUGCAGAGGAACAACAGUUUGGAGGACAAGAGCAGGAUGGUCAGUUCCUUCAGAGAGAGGCAAUCGCCCAAAAAUCUCCUGGUCUGUGAGAAUAUUGAGACAGAAUCCAGGUUCAGGCGUGCCGAGACAGACUUCUCCAACCUAUAUGCCAGAGAUUUACUGCCCGCCAAGAAUGGAGAGGAAUCCACCAUGCAGUUCCUCCUGGAAGUGGUUGACAUUCUCCUGAACUAUGUAAGGAAAACAUUCGAUAGAUCCACCAAAGUUCUGGACUUCCACCACCCACACCAGCUCCUGGAAGGUAUAGAAGGGUUUAACCUGGAGCUGUCAGACAACCCGGAGUCUCUAGAGCAAAUCCUGGUGGACUGCAGGGAUACUCUGAAGUAUGGCGUACGAACAGGUCAUCCACGUUUUUUCAACCAACUUUCAACUGGACUGGACAUUAUUGGCUUGGCAGGGGAAUGGCUGACGUCAACAGCAAAUACAAACAUGUUUACAUAUGAAAUUGCUCCAGUUUUUGUCCUGAUGGAACAAAUAACACUUCGGAAAAUGAGGGAAAUAAUCGGCUGGUCUGGUAAAGACGGAGACGGCAUUUUUUCCCCAGGAGGCGCAAUAUCCAACAUGUACAGUAUCAUGGCUGCUCGAUACAAAUACUUCCCUGACGUGAAAACCAAAGGCAUGGCCGCUGUCCCUAAGCUUAUCAUCUUUACCUCAGAACAUAGUCAUUAUUCUAUGAAGAAAGCCGGAGCAGCGCUGGGAUUUGGGACAGAGAAUGUGAUUCUGGUGAAAUGUAAUGAGAGAGGGAAGAUCAUUCCGGCGGACUUGGAGGCCAAAAUUCUUGAAAGUAAACAAAAGGGGCACGUCCCACUUUAUGUGAAUGCUACAGCAGGGACAACAGUCUACGGUGCAUUUGACCCCAUAGAUGAAAUAGCGGACAUAUGUGAAAAGUACAACCUCUGGCUUCAUGUGGAUGCCGCUUGGGGAGGCGGACUUCUCAUGUCCAGGAAACAUCGCCAUAAGAUGAACGGAAUAGAGAGAGCGGACUCGGUCACUUGGAAUCCCCACAAGAUGAUGGGCGUUUUACUCCAAUGUUCUGCAAUACUAUUAAGAGAAAAGGGUGUACUCCAAGGAUGCAAUCAGAUGUGUGCAGGAUAUCUCUUCCAGCAAGACAAGCAAUAUGACAUAUCAUAUGACACUGGAGAUAAGGCAAUACAAUGUGGCCGUCACGUGGACAUAUUCAAAUUCUGGCUGAUGUGGAAAGCAAAGGGUACUGCAGGGUUCGAACAACAGAUCAACAAAUGCUUGGAGCUUUCAGAAUAUUUGUACUCAAAGAUCAACAAUCGGGAAGAAUUUGAAAUGGUCUUCAAAGGAGAGCCUGAACACACAAAUGUUUGCUUCUGGUACAUCCCCCCGAGCCUCAGAGGCAUGUCUCCAUGUAAUGAGAGGCAAGAAAAACUGCACAGGGUUGCUCCCAAGAUAAAAGCUCUCAUGAUGGAGUCCGGGACAACGAUGGUGGGAUAUCAACCCCAAGGAGACAAGGUCAACUUCUUCCGUAUGGUCAUUUCAAACCCAGCAGCCACCAAAUCCGACAUCGACUUCCUGGUGGAAGAAAUCGAGAGACUGGGGCAGGAUUUGUAAUAGAUGAGCCAUGUACAGUUAACCCUCUCCGUGCUGGGGGGAACCUACUCCACUACCCAGUUGGCUGCCUAGUUGUUUUGUUUUGUUAUUCCCUGUGAACCAAAACAGGAUACAAUUCUUAAGGAUCUGCCCUCUAUAGUUCUCCCAUGGCACCUUAACAAAUAUAGGUUGCUGAAAUGUAUAUGUAGAUCAUUGAAACACAGUUCUCCUAUGGCACCUAAACAAAUAUAGGUUGCUGAAACGUAUAUGUAGAUCAUUGAAACACAGAUAUUAUCUUUCUAACAUGUGUACGGUGAAACCUUAUAUAUGUGUUUGUUAAGGUUGUCAGAAGCAUACAAAAAAAGAUUAUUGAGUGUUGUAAUAUGUAUCCACUUGUAUGUCUGUGUGUGAAUAUUUAUGUACAGGGCCGGCCCUUGACAUAUGUAAUGUAGGCCUUUGCUUCUAGCAGUAAAUGCUGGUAGAGCAGGAUUCUCAAGCUAUUGAAAGUUAAUAUGUGAAACAGACAUAAUAUACAGGGACAGACAGACAGACAAGUUCCUCAAACUCAAGGAGGCCACAGAGAAAUCUCUGAGACAGUUUUAAAUUGUAUGGUAAAAGGGCAGUUUCUACUAACGGCAACUAAGGGACCCCAAGUCCUUUUUGAUGUAAUACAUUGACUUUUCAGUAUAAUGUGGUUUACAUCAGGAAGGAUACAGACUCUCCUGUAGCUGGAUAAUGCACAGUUUUGCAGCUACAGUCACUACUUAACUGUGUUAGCUUUCUCAUUGAUGCCAACAGGGUUAUAUGAUAUCCCACAAUGCAUGGCAAGGUCCAUUUAAAGCAUAUAUGCUUAUUUCUGGAUCAAAGAUCCAGCCAUCUAAAGCAUGCCACCUGAUAGCACUGUGCUGGAUCCACAUGGGGAGUGUCCUAUUGUGUUUAUCAGUGGCUUUGGAAAAGGGGGGUUGUUCAGUGUGGCUUGGGUGGAUAAAUUGUGUGGGUUUUUUUAUUCACUUUUUUUCACCUCUUAAAACGUUAGGUGAAAUGAUACAGCCAAGAAGAGGAAAUCCUCAGUCCAAAAGCGUCUAGCCCAGUGGUUUUCAAAUGUUUUUGAAUCACGGCGCCCUAGAGAAUCAGAAUUUUUUCACGGCACCCCUAGGCCAAAAAUUUCUUAUUGAGAAAUUUAGAAAGAAAUAUUAAAUCAAGUAGAUUGUGUUUAUAUGUCACCCUUAGGGUCAGUUGUGUGGUGAGGGACAAGAUUUGCUUCUGUUUGGCCACAUAGUUUAUGACUGGCAGCCACCAGCACUGGUUUUGCCUAUUAUAUUGACCAUGAAUAAUUUGAAUUGGUCCUGGACCACCAAUCCAGGGCACCCCUGCAAGUGUCCAGAGGCACCCCAGGGAGCCACGGCACACAGUUUGGGAACCACUGGUCUAGCCCCAUUUGCAAUGCAUCUUAGGAUAUAAAAUAGGUUUAUCUGCUUUUAUUCAAAAGUAGCUCAAAUUAUAAUGACAAUGAAAUUACCGCGCUGCAUCAAAAAAUAAGGAAGUCUUCACUUAACCCUGUACAUGACAAGUAUACACACAAUCAUAUUUAAACGUACAUCUGUUUGUGCCAGACAGUGCAACCUUAGGUUUGUGGGACAGAAUCCUGCCUAAUAGUAUUGAACCUUCUCUUCUCAAUAACCUAACUAGUCUGAAAGCAUUAACUAGUAAAUAGUUGUGUAUCCCCAUCCAUGUCUUGGGGGUUAUAGUAGCACAGUUGUUGUUAACAGGUAUAUUCUUGCUGUGUUUCUAGGGAUUAAUAGUGUAGAUUGUGUAUAUUAUUGUCAAACAAGUUUGUGAACUGGGAAUAAAUGUCAUAGUUUUACAGCAGUUUAUCUGAUCAGGUAUACUGUAGGUAUACAAAAAUAAUUGCUUAUUUAUAUGCAGAGAUUUACCAUGUUAAAGAGGUGUCUUGUAUUUUCUUCCAUUUGUAUUGUAUUCUAUUUAUAUAUAUAAAUAAAUAAAUAUAUAUAGUAUAUAUUAUUGAGGUAAGUUCUAAAUAAUGUUUAUUGUAAUUUAGUGUCUUUGUGAGCCAAAGAAAACAAAAAACAAAAAACAUAGUGAAACUUGUAACUAGUGCCCUUCAAUGUAGUCCAGAAAUAUAAAAUCUAAGCCUAGGUUUGUCAAAGGUACCUAAGAUUUAGCUUCUAUUAAUGCCCAUUAGCAUGAAGGAGGUAUAAAUAAUGUUAUUCUGUGGCCACCUUUGAGAUAUUUAGUACGUAGGCUCAUUAAAUAAAUGCAUACUAUACUAGCACUUUAAAUCCAUGAACAUUGAUUUUAUUAUGUAAAUUACUUCCACUGGAUCAAUCUUCAAUUCAUUUGUAAUGUAACAUUUGAAUCAGCCAGAUCUUUUUCUUCUCACUAGAGAUCUGUAACGUUAAUUUACUAUUUCUGAGUUUAUUUACAGUUAAUGGGGUGUAUCCUCUAAAAGUGUACAGAAGAGGUCAAUUGUUAAUGCUAAAAUGGUGAUAAAUUAUCUCCAAAUGUUGUUAAAAUAAUUCCUUUAUCUUCAGUUUAGCCCUACAAGUACUGAAAUAAAUGUGGUCAUUUUCUUGCUUACCACAAUUUGAAUGACAAUUUACCUUCUACUUAUAUUCAUUUUUAAUAACCCCCUAUAAAUUGUAAAGUGUAAUGGAACUGCAACAGGAACUUCACGUGCUCAGAUUCAAUUUGGUGCGACUCUAAUUUUGUGGCAGAACAGACUGUUUCACAUUAGGGGCAAGGUUUCAGCAAAAUAAUCUUCAAAUUCUAUUUUGGCUUCUCCAAUCUGCACUGGAUUUUUAAAUUCAUAUUUUGCUGAAUCUAGUCUAUAGAGAUGGGGAAACAUCAUUCAAUCAAUUCAGCUCUGUGGUGGGGUCCAUGGGGGAACUAAAAGGAGAUAGGAAUUCUGCAAUAGUUGAAGCCAAAUGUCUGUAGUGAAACGCGAAAAAAUUCUGCCACAAAAUGCAGAAAAUAUUCUGUGGAAUUGUUAAUCAAUUUAAAACCAGACCGUAUUGUAGCUUGUAUUAUGUCUAUCCAUUAAUUUUAGGUUUACUUUAUUUUUAUUUUUAUUCAUUACUCUGUCUUUGAGUUUUAGAAAAUUAUAAGGGAUAUAGAAAACAAAAAGUGAGGGAAUAACAAGCCACAUGCAGCACUUUCCCGGAGUGAACAUAUGUAGAUUAUUUGUACUAUUAUGGUUUUCAUUCACUUUCUUUUUAUGCUACUUGAUAUUUAACACUAAAACAAUAAUCAAGAUGGUGCUGCUUAGAUGUGCGUGAGCUUUUGGGGAACAUAAUGUAAUUAUUAAUUUAGGGCAUAUUGUUUUCACAAUACCUAUGGAAGUGCCAAUAUACACCACUUGUCAUUAAUUUGGUCACACAAAAGAUUUUGUCACUUUGUUUUAUUCCUGUGUCACUGGGCACACAAUGUAAAUCUAAAUCUUUUACUAUCUACAAUAGUUUCAUCUCCAGAAUUUUCAUCAGCCAAGUCUUACUAGACCAGGAUGCGUAUACAGCUAUAUAUUCUAACAUUUCUGUUUAAACAACUACCAUUAUACAGUACAUCCUUUUUAAUCUCCACUGAUGUUGUAUGCUGUAAAUUCAUAAAGAGUGCCAAAAUGUCUCCUGAAGUUUCACUGGUUGUGACAAUCUUGUGUCCAUCUAUCAAAACGCUUUGCCGCAUAACAUUGUGAUAUCUCAAUUUUCUCAUUCCUAUUAGGUGAAAGCACAUGGUGAUAUCAUAAAUGGAACUGAUUAUACAGACUAGGUGCCUAUGCAUGCAAAACGCAUUAGGAAUCAUUUUGGUGCUGUGGAUUAAUCUGUCAGAAAUAACUGUGGGUUCGUGAUGUAAACCAAAUGACAAUAAGCUACACCCUUUAAAGGACAUUAUUGUCCAUUCUGGGCUAUAUAGUGGUGGGGAUUUAAGACAAACUACAGUCAUCAAUCACUAUGAACAAUGCUUAUCUUGCACUUAUCCCUUACAUGUAGUUGAAGCAGUCUUAUAAUGAACUGAACUAACAUCCAUGAGAAGGCAGCUCAUGAACUAAGUGACAUCUGUGAGGAACCUCGCAGAUCAAAAGUGUUGUAGCAAUGUAAAUAUUUGAAUUAUCCAUAAGGUAUUCAGGGGGAGAUGUACUAAGCAGUGAUUAAAGUGGAGAAGUGAGCCAGUGGAGAAGUUGCCCAUGGCAACUAAGCAGCAUUGACGUAACAUUUAUAAUUUGCACACUAUAAAAGUAUACAGAGCAGCUGAUUGGUUGCCAUGAGCAACUUUUCCACUGGCUCACUUCUCCACUUUUAUCACUACUCUAUCUUGUCCCCCUUAGCCACAAGAUAGAGAUGCCUCCUCGGUGUGUAGGCAGCAGAUGCACUUUAUUUGAUUCUCCAAUGCACUUGAGCAACUAGCUCAUACUCUAGAACUAACAUAAUGGAUAGAAUUAGAGAAUGUCAAUAUUUCAAUAACUAAUUUAGCUACUUGCAGUAAUUAAUAGGAGACAAAUAAAAGUUUUUGCCAAGCUGUGAUUGGUCACUGAAUUACUACUUGUGUUUGACAGCGUAAUUUACAGAUUUAUAACCGAGAGGCCUCCAUGUUGUCUCAGGAGGAUGUCAGGAACCAUAGCAAUAGUCACACUGCCAUACUUGGUUUUGUCAGGGCACAGUGUGUGUGAAAAGUGAGAUAUGGUAUGGUGUGGUGUGAUCAAUGGACCCUUGUUAUCCUGUGACUAAAAAGAGAUGUUUAACUAUUACAGAUGAUAUGCAAUGCAGUUUUAAUUUUACAAUAAAAUUCUACCAUAAAACCGCA